AUGUUAGGAUUCGUAGCCAAAUCCAUGGAUCGCCAAUACGACUACUUGCAAGACCAGGAGGGUAGCGACUUCGCAUCAGGCUGGCCUGCCACCGACCAAGUGACAGGUCAGCAACAACAGCCACAUUCGUCGCUGCCAGGUCAGCAGAGAUUGCAGCCCGGCGAUCAAGGGUUUCCAGACACCAAUAACGAUCGGCCAGCUGGUCCGGAGGGUCCCGGCCUCUCGGGUCGACCAGUGGGGGGAAUGGCUUCCGCGGAAUUGGCGGACGAGGGGAAACUCGGGGGAGGCGGAGUCUGCGCGGGCGGUUCCGGCGGCGGAACCGGUGCAGGGUUCGCGGGGAAAGGCGUUGCUGGGGGAGCGUCCGCUGCCGGGGGAGGCUCCGCCGCUGGCGGAGGUUCCGCCUCUCGUGGAGAAUCGUCUCUCGCGCGCAUUCUGUCGUUGGAAGAGCUCUCUACGGGGGAACUACGGUUCGGGAGACACGCGGAGUUGGAUUCCGCAGUGGGGAAGGCGCGGGAAGGUGCUUCGGGGGGAGCUGCGGGGGGACUGGGGGAAGGGGGAGCGGACCAGGCGGCAGCUGUGGGAGGCUUGCCUGCUGUGACUGUAACGGGAGAGGAGCGGAGGAGGAUGGUGACGGCGCUGAGGGAUGGUCGAGAUCGUGCAAGGGAUCGUACUCGACAUCUGCAGGACGCCUUAUCACGUCUCGACACGUGGCUCAACGGUGUGAGCAUGAGGAGGCGCGGGGCCAGGGGCGACGGAGCCAACACCGCUGCUGGUAGCGCUGCUGUCAGCGGUGGCGGCGCCAGCGGGGCUGCUGGCACGCCAGGAGAUAACAGCCGAAGCAGUGGGAGCGCUGGUGAUGGUGCUGCUGGGGUUGGAGCAGCGGGAGGAGGGGCUGGUGGUGGUGGUGGUGGUGGUGGUGGUGGUGGUGGGGGCGGAGGAGGGGGGCGGACAGGGCCGGGGCACUCUAAAGCUGGGGGUGGGGCGAACCGGCAUGCGCGCACAUUGUCGAACCAUGAAAACGCCUCGGAACAAAAGCACCUUGCAGGAGCUGGAGCAGCAGGAGGAGGAGCAGCAGGGGCAAGCGGCCACGAGGGGGGGCAGCAGCAGCACAGGAAGAUGAAGGGCAAGCGUUCUCGACCCAAGGCGGAUGCUGCAGGGACUGCAGCUGCACCAGGAGGGAGUCUUAACGGCGUAGUAACAGAAUCACUUGCUGCUGCUGGUACUGGUGCUGGUACUGCCGGUGCUGCUGGUGCUGCUGGUGCUUCUGCUGCAGCAACAGGCGCGGGAGGGGGCCUCAAGCGAUCCCUUUCGAGCUCUUCGCACAAGCCUGGAGGCUCGGCAGCAGGCUCGGGGUCAGGCUCGGUGUUUCGAGCCGGACCUGUGCAUGGGGUGACUUCUGGAAGCAGGGCGGGCGCUGGUAGUGAGAGCGGGCCUAAGGGACAGGCGGGCAAGGGGUUAGGGUUACACCAGACAAGGGAUGCUAGUGGGAGAUUCGGCACCAUGCGAGCCGGGGGGAGUGGUGGGGGCGGAGGGGGAGGCUCGUCUGUGCCUGGAAGCCCGCUUCAGGGGGAAGAGAAUGCGCCCAAGAGCAGUGGAGGCGGAGGGGGAGGCGGAGUGGGAGGGGGAGAGGGAGGGGGAGCGGGGAUCACUAAAGGACGAGCAACCCGCGGUCCUAGGACGCUGGGCGGAGGGGAUAAGGCAGGCUCGGGCGGAAUGGGGAACGCAGGAGCAGGCGGAGGAGGAGCAGGAGGUGGAGGAGGUGGGGGAGGAGCGGUGAGAAAGGUGGGAGCGGGAGCAGCAGAGAGGAAAGGGGCGUUUGGGGCACGAGCUUCUUCCCCUGCUCACUCCGUGCAGUCUGAGAGAGAGGGCGCAGGGGAUGGGGCUGGAUCGUGGGAUCAGCAGCACCAGCCGCAUCACCAGCAGCAGCAUCAUCAGCAAGGAAAUCAGUCUGGGCUCCCCCCUACUAGCAGGGGGAGAAAGCCAGGCAAGCUGCAUAAAGCAGCAGCAGGAGGGGGAGGAGGAGUUGGCGGUGCAGGGGGAGGAGCAGGGGGAGGAUCAGGGGGCAUUGGCGCAGCAGCAGCAGGGGGAGGAGGGGGAGCGGGAGGGGGAGCUGGAGCUGGUCUAGGUAUGGCUAUGUCACCGUUAGGGUCUGUGGGGGUGAGUGAGGGGGGUGGGGAGGGAGACGAGGAGGGGUAUGGGGGGGAGGAGAUGGAUGGGGAAGGGGGAGGGGGUGGGCGGGACGGGGGGGGGCUUUGGCCUACAGAAAGCGGGAGUGUGGGGGGGCAUUUGGGGGGCGCGGGGGAGAGCUUAGGAGGAGCAGGGGGAGGAGGGGGAGGUGAGGCAGGAGGAUUGUCGGAGGUCCAGUCCCGAGGCACGGGAUUGGCUAAGGUGCGGAGAAAAGACAAAAAGGGCAAGCUGGGGAGGGUGAGAGAGAAAGCAGAGGGAGGAGGGGGGGUAGUGAAGGAGGAAGGGGGAGGUGGAGGAGGGGGAGGGGCGGGAGGGGCGGAUGGGGUGAGGAGACAGGGGAGGACGGGGAGAUUAGUGGCUGCUGGGGGGUUGAGAUUGAAAAAGGAAGCUGUGGUUAGUGUGGGAAGUGAAGGGGGGGACGAUGGCGGGAUGCUGGCUAGUGGUGGUAGUGGUCCUAGUGGUGCUGGUGGUGCUGGUGGUGCUGCCGCUGCUGCGGGUGGAGGGGGCAGUGGUGGUGGUGGUGGUGCAGGAGGAGUGGUUGGAGUGGCGAAUAAUGUCAAGCAGAUUCGUACGUCACGGCUGGGAUUGGACAAAGGAGAGAGGGGCGGCAGGGUGGACAGGCGCAAUGCAGCCAACAGGGUGCAGAGGCGCAUGCAUGCAGACAGCCCAAUGGAGGAGUCCGGAGAUUCGGACGAUGAUGCGGAGGAGCUAUCGAAUGCCAUUCAGGCAGCCAUGAACACAGGAGCUGCAGCGGCGUCCAGCCCCUUUUGGAAGGCCGUGGAGCCAUUCUUCCACUUUCCUGCUCCAGAGGACCUCGCAAGACUGAGGCAGAUGUCUGGAGCAACAGAGGGAGCAGCAGGUGCUGCUGGUGUUGAUGCCGCAGCAGCCGGUGUAGCUGGGGGGCUAGAAGGGGCGGGAGGAGGAUUAGGGUUUGGUGGAGCAGGUUUGGAAGGAGGUUCGAGAGGGAAUGGGAGGGAGUGGGGAGGAGUGGUUGGUGAGUCGAUGGUGAAUCGGCUGUUGUCUGCUUUGAUUGAUUGCCCGAGGCAGGGCGGGGGCAAGGAGGGUGGGAGUGACGGAGGAGAGUGUAAGGAUGAGGAAGAGGAGGAGGACGAGGAGGAGGAGGAGGAGGAGGAAGAGGUGGAGGAAAAGGAAGGGGAUGCUGCAGGAGGCACAGCGGCAGGACGAUCACUGCAGGAGGCGCAUCGGCAGGACGAUGAGAUCAGCGCCAGCCUUCGCAUGUCCCACAGGCGACUGCAGGCCAAGGCGCAGCACAACCAGCACAAGGCAGCGUAUUUGGAAGAGGUGGUGGUAUCAAGACGACUGGAGGAGGAAAGGAGCUGUGAGAAGCUGGUGGUGGAUCGGCUGUUGGAAAUGGCCUAUGCCAGAAGAACGGGUCUCAAGAUGGCGGGAGCAGCAGGAACAAUCACCAAGGGCGCGGGCUCCUCUCUCAAGCUCGCCCGCCAGUCCGCCGUCCACUUUGUGCGCCGAGCCCUGCAUCGCGCCGACCAAUGGCACGCCGGCACGCUGCUGCCGCACCUGCAGCGCGUGCACCCGGACCUGCAGCCCUCGCCGAGCCUGCUCGCCGAGCCUAGCCCGCUGCCGUGGACGCCCGGGCCUGGCGGUGUGGGUACUCCUGGGUUGGGAGGAGUGGGGAGGAGUUCUGGGGUGGUGACAACACCAGGGGGGACAGCAAGUGCCCCUGCUGGUGCUGCUGGUGCUGGUGCAGGUGGUUUGGACGGUUCUGGGGCAGGUUUAUCUGGUGCAGGCGCCUCUGCCCCUGGCCUCCUCUCCCUGUUCAACCGCCAAAGACUCGCGCUCUUCCCCCCGUCCCCACCCCGCCCUCCCAUCCCUCUCUCCUUCGCUCCCACCGCCACCGCCGCCACCGCCACUGCAGCAGCUACUGCUGCUGGUGUUGGUGCUAAUGACACCGCAAUGGGAGGGGAAUCUCCUGCACUGGAAAUUGCUGGGCUGAGUCCCCUGCGAGGGGCUGGUGGUGGUGAAGAGGGUGGAGCAGGGGGGGCAGGGGGAGGCGUGCGGGAGGCAGAGGCGGAUAGCCUGGUGGCGUCGAUGCUCAUUGCUGGGUCGCCCUGUGACAGCUUCAGGGAAGAUGCGGACGGGCCCCCUCCCCAAGCAUCCCUUCUCUUUCCUCUCCUCCCCUUCCAGUCCCCAUGUGCUUCCCCUCUCUCAUUCUCCCUUUUCUCUCUCCAUUUAUUCCCCGACCCCCCCUCCUCUCCCCUUGGCCGGACUUUCACACAGGGAUUGCUGCAAAUCCCCCUCUCUCACCCUCCAGCCCUUCCCCUCCCCACUUAUCCCCACCCAGAACCACAUUCCCGCACAAAUUUGCGGCGAAGCGAGAGCAGGAGGGAGCGCAUGGGAGCAAUGGCAGGAGCAGGCGGGGAUUCUUUGGAGGGGUCGUUCAGACACAAAGAGAGAACGGCUCGACUGGAAGAUGUGUUCGGUGCUGGUGGUAGUCCGAAUGAUUCUAUGGGUGCCGGUGCUGCUGCUGCUAGGGCUGCAGCAGGCACGUCAGCAGCAGCAGGAGGAGCCGGAGGCGUGUCUAGAGGAGGGUUUUCAGGAGCAGGAACGGCAGGGGCAGCAGGGGGCGGGGUCAGUGGGGGCCCGGUGCCCUUACUCCCAGGGAACAUCAAGCGGAAAAGAACAGACCGGGACAACCUGGAUUUCACCAAAGCGGGCUCCCCAGCCAGGCGCACAGGCGAGGCGGGGUCAGCAGGUGCCACCCCCACUGGUGCCCGGUCGAGCCUUGCUGGGGGAGGGGAGGGAGGGGGAGGGGGAGCGGGAGGGGAGAGGAAGAAGGGGCGGUGGCGGCAGCACCGGGUGGGGGGAGGGCAGAGAGGGGCAGGAGGGCAGGCUGGGACCCCCCCUGUGGCUACCCCACCGGGUCACGAUUCAGGGGUCCUUGAUCCUUCUGCUGCUGCUGCUGCUGCGGCUGGGUGGGAAGGAGCAGGAGACUUUGAUUCUAAGCCUCUUGGGUCUUCUCCGGGGGAUUUUUUCGCGCCUGGGUCGAGCCUUAGCCAUGGUAUUCCGCUUGGGAAACGGUCGAGAGGUUCGGGAGUUGGUCCGGGGAAGUCGGGCAAGAGAAAAGCCUCGGCGGAUGAGUUCCCGGACCUGGAUCCGAACCGGAACGCCAUGCCUACGACGCCGCAGCCGGAGCUGGAGCAGGUGGUGGAGCUGGAUAACCUGGCGGCAGGUUCGGUGUUUGGUUCGGCGAUGCCGGAGCUGGGAGUGCAGGGGGAUGACUUUGGUGGAUGGCUGGCGGGAUUGCCAAAUGAUGAGCUGCUAUUGGGGGAAGAGCUGGGGGGUCUUGAUGGGCUUGCGGUCCCAACGGAUAAUUUGGCGGAUCUUGGGUUUUAA